AUGUCCUUUGCAGACAAAGACAAGUCAAAUGAGGACAGACAGCAUGAGGAAGAACUACUUCAGCAGAUCCAGAAGCUGGUGGAGACGCGGGACUUUCUAGUGGACGACAUGGAGUUUGAGAGGCUCAGAGAGCGAGAGGAGGACAAAGAGAUGACUGACUUCCUACAGACCAAAAUUCCCAACAGGUGCAGCAUGAAAAGACACAACAAGGACAAGAGAAUGACGUCCAGAGCCCAGCAGACCUCGUCUCCUUACGUGACCAAGACAGGUGUCACCCUGCUGAAAGAGUGCUGCGGCUUCACCUGCUCCAUCAUGUAGAUACUGUACGUGAAUGUAAAACAGGAUAGCGUUCAGCGAUGAGUAAACCAGCCCUCAGAUCAGUGAUUCAGCACAAUAUUUUCAAGCACUCUUUCACAUUACAUUUCAGAACAGACGGCAGUGCAUGAGCACCAAACUCAUGUUCAUAUUAAGCAGAAUUAUUGCAUUAACCUAAUCGAGGAGACAUCCAGAAUUAGCAAUGUGAUUAGAUGGUACGGUGUAGCCUUAAAGGCAUAGUCCACCCAAAAGUGAAACAUCUGUUAUCAUUUACUCACCCAUAAUGUUGAUCCAAACCUGUGUGUGUUUC